AUGCAAUCAGACAGUGAUCGCUCCUCGUGCCCCUGCAUGGCAAGCAGCCCGUACUCAGACGGCACUGUCACUCGUGCUGUGAUCACUUUCUCACCCAAGGAAUCUGGAAGGCACAGCGCUUCGAAGGUCUCCCACAGUGGAGUGACACGCAAUAGGAGGCACGUUGAUAUGGGGAGUAUCGUGCCAGCACCGGCUGGUGCCGAGUCUGAUUCUCAGGGGGUCGGGGUCGGGGUAGUCGUUGUGACAUGGAUCUCCAAUCACGGGCCCAAGAGUUCAGGCUCCCGCCUCGAGCCCGCCUCGAGCCCGCCUCGAGCCCGCAGUGCCCGCCAACAGGGGGCCCAACAGGAUGUGAAGAUGGGCAGGGGACCUUGCAUCAGCGUUGCAUUGCGGCAGGUGAUAUUGAAGCUUCUUGUUCCUCUGACUGGCCAAUUCGCUGUGCCACACCCAAGCUUUCAGCAAAAUGGCCCUGUUCGGGGGCCUCGAGUGGCCGAGUCUUGGUGGCCCCGACAGAGAGAGGAGAAGGUGUGGGAGGCCACGCCCGAGGUCACGAACAUCCAAGCUUCCUCGUCAUUCGCAGAGCUGAAAGAGCUCCGGGAGGCCGAUGAUACCUCAGCCCAGAGGUGGAACGUCGUCUUUGCUCACCUCCCUCUGCCACCGAGUGUGGAGCCCCUGCUGACUGGCAGCAACUGCGGGCGGGAAUCUGUGCUCUUGGGUCGGCCCUUGGAUCUAUUCUCCCCACCGCGUGCCCGAGUUUGCCUCGAUGUCACACCAGAUCACACCCUACGAUCGACCUUUCUACCCCAUCUCGCCGUAGAGUUGGAACAUUCAACGUGCGACGCUGGCGCUAAAGUCUCUUACGAUCACAAACAUUCAGGAGAACCAACACCGUUUUCCCGGGUCCAAAGGGGGUCGACUCAAGCUUUAAUAUCGCUCGACGCGCAUGGCGUCGGUGAUCUGGACCGUGACCGACCCUUCGAGCUGAACAAGCGUCAUGUCCACGGUCGCACCGCAGAAAAACCACAUGUGGCGAUAACGGCUCCCAAGCCUCUGUGUCUCCGAGACGACAAACAACACAACAUGAGGCCAACACCGGCAAGGUUGGCCGUGAGUGUGGCGCUUGCCAACUCUGCGACCGCUAUCCUUGUCACGCCAGAGUCGCCAUGUGACGACCAGUGUGGCAAUGUCCUCUCAGCGACGACCGGCUCGGACAUCGAGUGCGACCAGAACCUUUACGGCAGCGCAGCGGGCACCGUGUUCAGGAACUGCUUGAACUGCGAGCUGGGCAGCAGCUACUACAGCUCCGAGCUGAAUCAGACGGAUCUACAAUGGAUGCUCUACAACGCUAGGUUUGCAGUCUCAUACUGCGUGUUCGGUGAUCCCGGCAACAAAAACGCUGGCAGCAGCCCCUGUCUUACUUCACGCGCGUGUGGUAACCUCAAAGGCGCCUUGGAGUAUAGCAACUUCAGCACCGACGUUGGGCAAUACGACUACUGCGCCAAAUGGGACUUCAGCGAGCUGACGAACGGAUGCGAGAACUGCUUACGGGCGAGCGAUGACGACUACCUCGCCAACAUGGUGGCCGUGCUCCAGAUCGGCUGCAGCCAAAAGCCCGUCGCCGGCGCGACCCUGUCCGUCGAGGGCGGGAUAUUCUCGACCACCUUGCUCAAUGAGACCACGCCGACGCCGGAAGCCAGCUGGACGGGCGACGGCGACUCGGGCCCGCUCUCGCUCGGCGCCAAGGUCGGCAUCGCCAUCGGCGGGCUCUGCCUCGCCCUCGUCAUCGCCGGCUUCUGCAUCGUGUGCAACGGCCGCCGCCGCCGCCGCGCCUACCUGCGCAAGCUCCAGAUGCGCCAGAAGGACGCCGGGUGGCCGCACCCGGCCGCAAUGAGCGGAGGAGGCGGAGGCGGCGGCGGAGGUGAAAGCACAGGGGUGGUCCACCGGGGACCCGACAUGAACGAGACGCCGCUCAGCCAGAAGCCGCUGCGCGGGUGGGACGACUCGCCGCUGUCGGCGACGGCGUCGGACCCCAGCUACGGGCGGUACUUCUCACCGUACUCGUCGCAGUACAACAGCCCCGUCAGCGCGGCCGGCACGCCCGCCAUCAUGGCGCAGCACUGGCCGCAGAACUUCCACGACGGCAUGUCGCCGCAGAGCUACCACGACAACCUCUCCCCGCAGAGCUACCACGGCAAUCUCUCCCCGCACGACUUCCAUGACCACCGGGGACACGCCUUCGCGGCUCACAGCCAGGGCCAGGGAUACCCCUCAUCGUCGCAGGAGAAGGCCAUGCAGGACCAGCACGAGGCCGCCACGGCCGCCGGGCCCUCGGAACGCCAGCCCAUCCACAUAGGAGUCGCGCUGGGCGGCGACGAGCCGAGCCUGCGGACGGAGCCGUCCAACCCGAGCUUCCGUGGCCAAGGGAAAGGCGGCGCGGCCGAGGAGUACGAGCUGCACGAGGUCAGCAGCGCGGGGGGGAGCAGUGCCGGCGGUGCUGGCAACACGGCGACGAUCGGCCACAGCGAUAGCUUCAAGAACCGGCUGGAGAGGGGCAACGUGGCGCCGGUGCUGCAGCAUCCCGGGUAUGGGCGGUAUAGCCCUGAUAAGUUCCCGCCGCCGCCGCCGCCCACGCAUGGGACGCAGGAUGGUUGA